UGUCCUCAGCAAAACAAACUUGCUCUUCUGUGUGAGAGACAGCUUGGUUUCUAUGCCCUUCUUAUCAGACUCUGAGGAGCCCUGGCCAGGAACAGAGUGUGGUUAUGGAAUCCAGUGCUAGCGUUUAGGCUGCUUUGGGGAAGGUGAAUAUGGUGAGGAGGUCAUCACUAAGGAGCAGCAUGCCUCUGGGUGUUAGCCCCACCCCGUCAGUACCAGAUGCAAGACUGCAGAAACUGGCCUCUCAUUAGAGGCCUUAUUCUGCAACGUGGGAAGGCCCUCUCCACGCCAUGCUGCUGUCCAGUUGUGUUUCAGGUUCAUGUCUGUUCUCCCGGGUGACUGUAACAUGGAAGUUCUCAUGUCCUGUGGGCUCAGCACACAUGCACUAACCUAACCUCACUUUAGCCAGGAGCUCUGAGAUAUGUUUUUGUGUAUUACAAGUGAGUGCCCAGCCCCCUUCUGAAAAUGUUGGCGUGAGAAAGACCCAAGGCCAUGAGUUGGAGAUUCGCAGUUGGUUGUCCUCUCUGCCCCCUUUUCGCCUGUAGAGGAGCUCUGGCACUCUAGAGAGGCAUGCUCAUAUUGCUGUUGGGAUCUGAGUCAGGCUUAGCACCUGUGAGAAUGCCUGGCUUGCUGGGUGGCUCCUUGCUUUCUCUCUGCCUGAUCUGCGGGUCAACUUGGCAUUCUUGCUCAUCAGCAUCAACCUCAGCUUCAGUCCUGAGAAGAAUUCUUUUCCUCUGGUGCACAGGGAGGAGGGAAGCCUGCUGGCUUCGUGGUGUGUGGGGGUUACAGCUCUCAUGGCUGCAGCAAGUGUGACCCCCCCUGGCUCUCUAGACCUGCUGCAACCUGGCUUCUCCAAGACCCUCCUGGGGACCAAGCUGGAGGCCAAGUACCUGUGCUCGGCCUGCAGAAAUGUCCUGCGGAGGCCCUUCCAGGCCCAGUGUGGCCAUCGCUACUGCUCUUUCUGUCUGACCAGCAUCCUCAGCUCUGGGCCUCAGAACUGUGCUGCCUGUGUCCAUGAGGGCAUAUAUGAAGAAGGCAUUUCUAUUUUAGAAAGCAGUUCGGCCUUCCCAGAUAAUGCCGCCCGCAGGGAGGUGGAGAGCCUGCCGGCUGUCUGCUCCAAUGAUGGGUGCACUUGGAAGGGGACCCUGAAAGAAUACGAGAGCUGCCACGAAGGACUCUGCCCAUUCCUGCUGACCGAGUGCCCCGCAUGUAAAGGCCUGGUCCGCCUCGGCGAGAAGGAGCGCCAUGCUGAGCAGGAGUGCCCUGAGAGGAGCCUGAACUGCCGGCACUGCCGGGCAUCCUGUAGCCAUGCGAACCUGGAGGCACACAAUGAGGUCUGCCCCAAGUUCCCAUUGCCCUGUGAUGGCUGCGGCAAGAAGAUCUCUCGGGAGAAGUUUCAGGACCAUAUCAGGACAUGUGGCAAGUACCGGGUCCCCUGCAGAUUCCACGCCAUUGGCUGCUCCGAGAUGGUAGAAGCUGAGGAACUGCAGGAGCAUGAGGCACAGCGGCUCAGGGAGCACCUGGCCCUGAUGCUGAGCUCACUCCUGGAGGUCCAGACUCCCCUGGGAGACCAGAGCCAGGCAGGGACAGAGCUGUUGCAGCGGUGCCAGACCCUAGAGCGGAAGACAGCCACCUUCGAAAACAUAGUCUGUGUCCUAAACCGGGAGGUGGAGAGGGUGGCUGUGACUGCAGAGGCCUGUAGCCGGCAGCACAGGCUUGACCAGGACACGAUUGAGGCCCUGAGUAACAAGGUGCAGCAGUUGGAGAGGAGCAUCGGCCUCAAGGACUUGGCUAUGGCUGACCUGGAGCAGAAGGUUCUGGAGUUGGAGGCAUCCACCUAUGAUGGGGUCUUUAUUUGGAAGAUCUCAGACUUCGCCAGGAAGCGUCAGGAAGCUGUGGCUGGCCGUACGCCUGCCAUCUUCUCCCCAGCCUUCUAUACAAGCAGGUAUGGCUACAAGAUGUGUCUGCGUGUCUACCUGAAUGGCGACGGUACCGGUCGGGGAACACAUCUGUCUCUCUUUUUUGUGGUGAUGAAAGGCCCCAAUGAUGCCCUCCUACGAUGGCCCUUCAAUCAGAAGGUGACAUUAAUGCUGCUUGACCAGAACAACCGGGAGCACGUGAUUGAUGCCUUCAGACCUGAUGUGACCUCAUCCUCCUUCCAGAGGCCUGUCAACGACAUGAACAUUGCCAGUGGUUGUCCCCUCUUCUGCCCUGUGUCCAAGAUGGAGGCCAAGAAUUCCUAUGUGCGGGAUGACGCCAUCUUUAUCAAGGCCAUUGUGGACUUGACAGGGCUCUAGCCACCCCUGCUGGGAACAGCAGCUCAGUGAAGAGCCCCACCCUAGGCCAGGGCCCUGCCACAUCAGGAUGGGCAGGCUGGGUAUGGGCACCCGGGAGGGCCUUGACCUGCAGCCAUGUACACCGAGAGGGAGCUGCCAGCUUGUUCUCAGCUGGAAGAGACUGUCUGGAGGGCUCGGGAUGAUUCAGCCCAGGGCCCUAGUGGGACCAGCUGGGACUCAUCUCUGCUUCCCAGCAGAACUGUCCUCACUGUCUAUUCUGUGCAGGGUGGGACGGGCCCCUGGGUGUAGCACUUGGAGGGAAACUGCUCUCAGGAGGGCUUCAGAGCCUUCCGUGCAGCCAGAGUGUGGUGGAGCAGCCUCGUGCCCUUCUAUGAGGCCUGUGGGAAGAAAGUGGGGUCUGCUCCACCUACAGAAUGUAGCCCUGGAGAGAAGGGGGCAUUCUGAGUCCCAGGUGCUUGCUGGACAGGAGGCUGCCUGUGCCACCUGGUCCAGGCUGGGCACCCAGCCCAGUGGCCUGUGUUAACUGCACCGUCAGGCUGAGGAGAAAUCAUUAAACCAUUGAGAUAUCUGUGGUGAGUAGUGUAUCUGGCUCCAGUUUGCCUGUGGCUUCCAGCCUAAACAGUGCUGACCCUCUGGGGCCUCCUGACUUCUUUCUUACCUCAGGCCUUCUAUGUUCCUUAUACACUGUGAGCUUCCCAAGUGCUCCCAAGACAGCAAAGCCACAUGUGACCACCCCAUUCUGUGCCCACCUAUAGUGGGAUGAAGAGCUGGCCCUUUGUCCUGUCUGUGUGUA